AUGGGCAGUGUAUGCUUGGUUGUGAUAGACGGAUGGGGACACGAUGAGACAAGCACAAAGGGGAAUGCCGUAAACGAGUCCAGGUGCCGCUGGAUGAGAGAGUUGAGCCGGAGCCGGUGUAGCUUUCUCCUGUUUGCACACGGCAGACACGUGGGACUGCCUGAUGGGCUUAUGGGGAAUUCCGAGGUGGGCCAUCUAACUAUAGGAAGCGGCAGGAUCAUUGAACAGGACAUAGUAAGGAUAGACAGGGCUGUUGAGGAGGGCAGGCUGAAGAAGAUGCUGGACAAAGAACUUCAGGGGAUUGAUGGAAAGAUCCAUGUGGUGGGGAUGGUCAGCGACGGGGGUGUCCAUUCACACAUCAGGCAUCUUAAGGCGAUUCUAGAGGCUCUGGAGGGUCGAAAUGAAGAGGUGUUUGUCCACUGUGUGAGUGAUGGAAGAGAUACAGAGCCGCGAGUGUUCCUGAAGUACCUUAAGGAGGUCAGAGACUUUCUCAGGGUGACUGAGGUUGGGAAAGUUGCCUCGAUAGCCGGUAGAUUCUACUCCAUGGACAGAGCAAACAAUGACGAAAGAACAGAACUUAGCUUCAGAAUGAUGACGAGAGGAAGAGAGGUAGGAGGAGACAUUAGGAGCCAUAUCUGUGCAAUGUAUGAGGAGGGCCUAAGCGACGAGACCCUUAGGCCUCUUCUUAUUGACGGAAGGGGAAGGAUAGAUCCAAAGGACACCAUCAUCUUCUUCAACUUCAGGGCAGACCGGAUGAGGCAGAUAGCAUCUAAGUUUGCCAAGAACGGAAACAGCAUGAUAACGAUGACAGAAUACAAGAAAGACCUUGGGUCGAAGGUCCUCUUCAAGAAGAUUUGUGUGAAGAACACCCUAGCGGAGGUUCUGUCCAGCCGCGGAAUAAGACACUCUCACAUAGCAGAGAAUGAGAAGCAAGCACAUGUAACAUACUUCUUCAACGGAGGCAGGGAGCAGGCGUUUUCUACCCAACGAACAAUAAUACUGCCAAGUCCGGGUGUCCAGUCGUUCGAUGCUGUCCCAUCAAUGGCGUCGAGAGAAGUGGCCAUGUCUGCGGUUGCUGAGAUUGAGAAGGGGGUGCCUCUGGUGGUUGUCAAUCUUGCGCCUCCGGACAUGGUUGGGCACACAGGAAAUUUCGAGGCAACAAAGGCAGCAGUCGAGGUCACCGACGAAUGCAUAGGAAAGAUCUACAGAGCCUGCACCAGGAACAGAUACACUCUUGUCAUAACUGCAGACCAUGGGAAUGCAGAAAAGAUGGUGGACAAAGGAGGGGGGUGCUGUAAAACACAUACGACAAGCAAGGUUCCGCUGAUAAUCUGCGAAGAAGGAGGAGUCAAGGCCUCUUCCUCCUGGGGAUAUGUAGAUUCAGACCACUCGCUAAGAGACGUGGCGCCAACGGUUCUAGAAAUAAUGGGGAUUCCAAGGCCAAGUGAAAUGACCGGGAAAUCGGUUUGGAGGUAG